AUGGCCAUGGUCAAUACCCAGUACUCCCAACCCUUCCCGGCUCACGUCACUGAAAAGAGCGCCGACAGAGAUCUCAACUGCGUUGAGCACGGCCUCAGCAGGGUCCACGCGCCCUGUGAGGAGACAUCGUCCUCACUGCAGCGAGGGACCGCCAUGGAGACGGGAGCGCCCGCCGGGUCCGGGCGCCACGCCUUCACUCGCCUGACGCCCGCCAGGCUGUCUCGCCUCGUCGUCUCGCUGCGCACCUGGGCUGCCAGACACAUUCACCAUGAGGACCAGACCCCAGACUCCUUCCUAGAGCGUUUCCAGGGAGCUGAGCUGAAGGAGGUAGCUACCCAAGGGAGCAGUGCCCAGUCAAACCCGGGAGGCCAGGAGCUCCUGGACAGAGGGGACAGCACCUGGCCCCUGGCCAGCAGCAAUACUAACGCUUGCAACAACUCUAAAGAGGAUUCAAAGGCAGAGGUGGAGGAGGAGGAGGAGGAGGAGGAGGAGGAGGAGGAGGAGGAGGAGGAGGAGGAGAAGCAGGAUGCUUUUGUGGUGGACCCCUCCAGCAACGUCUACUACCGCUGGCUGACUCUGAUUGCCCUGCCCGUCUUCUAUAACUGGUGUCUGAUUGUGUGCAGGGCCUGUUUCGAUGAACUUCAGUCCGAGCAUCUGAUUCUGUGGCUGGUCCUGGACUACUCUGCAGAUGUCCUCUAUGGCUUGGACAUGCUGGUGCGCGCCCGCACAGGUUUUCUCGAGCAAGGUCUAAUGGUCAGGGAUGCUAAGAGACUAUGGAAACAUUACACAAAGUCCUUGUACUUCAAGCUGGACAUAUUGUCUCUGUUUCCCACGGACCUGGCUUAUUUAAAGUUGGGUAUAAACUACCCAGAACUGAGGUUCAAUCGCCUACUGAAGUUUUCCCGGCUCUUCGAAUUCUUUGAUCGCACAGAGACAAGGACCAACUCCCCCAAUGUGUUUAGGAUUGGGAACCUGGUCUUGUACAUCCUCGUCAUCAUACACUGGAAUGCCUGCAUCUACUUCGCCAUUUCCAAGUUCAUUGGUUUUGGGUCAGACUCUUGGGUCUACCCAAACAUCUCCAAGCCAGAAUACGGACGCCUGUCCAGGAAGUACAUUUACAGUCUUUACUGGUCCACCCUGACCCUGACCACCAUUGGCGAGACCCCACCACCAGUGAAAGAUGAAGAGUAUCUCUUUGUGGUCAUCGAUUUCCUGGUGGGUGUUCUGAUUUUUGCCACCAUUGUGGGCAACGUGGGCUCCAUGAUCUCAAACAUGAAUGCUUCGCGGGCAGAGUUCCAGGCAAAGAUUGAUUCCAUCAAGCAAUAUAUGCGAUUCCGCAAGGUGACCAAGGACUUGGAGACACGGGUCAUCCGGUGGUUUGACUACCUGUGGGCCAACAGAAAGACAGUGGAUGAAAAGGAGGUGCUCAAGAGCCUCCCUGACAAGCUGAGGGCGGAGAUCGCCAUCAACGUGCACCUGGACACCCUCAAGAAGGUCCGCAUCUUCCAGGACUGUGAGGCAGGACUGUUGGUGGAGCUGGUGCUGAAGCUGCGGCCUGCUGUCUUCAGCCCUGGGGACUACAUCUGCAAGAAGGGGGACAUCGGGCGGGAGAUGUACAUCAUCAAGGAGGGCAAGCUGGCGGUGGUGGCUGAUGAUGGGGUCACCCAGUUUGUGGUUCUCAGUGAUGGCAGUUACUUUGGGGAGAUCAGCAUCUUAAACAUAAAGGGGAGCAAGUCGGGCAACCGCAGGACGGCCAACAUCAGGAGCAUUGGUUAUUCAGAUCUGUUCUGUCUCUCCAAGGAUGAUCUGAUGGAGGCCCUCACCGAAUAUCCUGAUGCCAAAAAGGCCCUGGAGGAGAAAGGGAGGCAAAUCCUGAUGAAGGACAACCUGAUCGAUGAGGAUGUGGCCAAGGCUGGGGCGGAUCCCCAGAACAUGGAGGAAAAGGUGGAGCACCUGGAGUCCUCCCUGGACACCCUGCAGACCAGGUUUGCCCGGCUCUUGGCCGAGUACAGCGCCACACAGAUGAGAGUGAAGCAGCGCCUCAGCCAGCUGGAGAGCCGAGUGAAGGUGGCUGGGAGCGGCCUGGCGGACGGCGAGGCUCCCGACGGUGCUGCCCACACAGAGGACGAGGAACAGUGA